CAAGCCUCACACAUUCAUAUGGAGAUCUGGGAGUAUAAAUAGAGGAGCUGCAGCCAGUGCAAAUCAGACUCACUCUGAACAGAGAGAUCUACAGCACAGAGAUCCAGACAUGACACCUACAAUCAUCUCAAAGGAGCUUCUCCCUCUCAACAACAAGCUAAAAAAGCCAGUGGUGGAGAAGAUGCACAGAGAUUGUAUCGACAGCAGCAUCGAGCAGCUCAAGUGUCUUCUGGCUCCAGAUUUCCUCAAGGAGCAGCCUGAUUUCAAGCUGGAGAAAGCAGAUAUCCUGGAGAUGACGCUCAACUUCAUGCAACACCACAGUUCCAGUUCACAUGCAGUCAAUUAAGGCUUCUCCAGGUGUGUCCAUGAGAUUGUGCACUUCCUGUCUAAAGAUAAGAUGAAGACAGAGAGCCAGAGAAAGUGUCCUGCCAGACAAGAACACCUUCAGCAAAGAGCUCCAUCGGGAGGCCUUGGUAGAGCCUUAAAGACUCAGACUGAACAUCUGCACUAGACUCAGUGGACUAUCAUUUUUAAGUUUUCCUUUUUGAGGAAAAGUGUUUAUUAAAUUCCAGUUUUGAAUUCAUGUUAUUAUACAGUGAAGACUUGGCUUCACUUUUAUUUUACAUCAGAUGUAAUGUGCAUGAAUGUAUAAUGUGCAAGGCAUGUAUUCAGCUCUUUGAGUACAUCCAACUUCAUGUGAUUCAACGUGUUUAAAAAACGUUUCUGUUUAUAGAAAGAAUGCAACUUCCCAUUUAUUUUGAUGGGUUACCUACUUAUUUUAAGUGAUCUCAAUUUGUGCUUCACAUUGAAGCUAGAUAUAAUUUUAAUCUCAUAAUGAGCCUUUGAGUAAAUUGUUAUUUCUCAUUGUUUAGACAAAUCUUGUCAGAUUAUAAAGUUUUAAACCGUUCCUUUUUGGAACAAGUUUGUUACCCAUU